GUGAAAUAGUUUGAGCUGGGAAGGCAGGAGAGAGCUGUGGGUUUGAUGUGAAGCUCCCUGAGGACAGUCACAGCCACAGAGGAAUAAUACAUGAGCUGGCGGAGACUGGGAAAAAAUUCAAACUUUGUUUAGUCAAUGCUCCAGAAGAAUCUGUAGGUGAGCAUGUCAGGAAAAUAUUGCUUGAAGAGUGACGUGUGUGCUUGCAUGGGUGACUCAUAGCUAAGAGUUAGCUAGGAGCUCAUUAGGCAACUAAUUAGGUAGAUUGGGACAAUCUGACUGACUGCCAGAUUGAAAGAUACUGGGUGUAAUUGAGAGACAUCCCUACCUUGUUUGCACGGGCUUGGAGGAAGCCUGAGAGUUUGUGUGAAUGUUCAGGUGACCCCUUACAACAGCCGGUCCCAGCCCAGGCAUGACAAUAAUGCUAUUUACAUAUAUAGAUUCUAAUACAUGCAGUAUUCACCCUAUUCCACUGAUGUCAUAUUUUUUUAAUUCUAAAUUAUAUUUGCAUAUUUCCUUUAAGCGAAUAUUUUCUGCCAAACUAGGAUGCACAAACUCAGUACGUUUAUGGUAAUAUUUAAUAUGUUAAAUAUCAAGAACUGAGUAACACAAAUACUGUAUACCUCUAUAAUUCCUCACAUCUUGGGUGCAUAUUGAAACAUGAGGAUUUCAUUCAGUCUUCUGAUGCCAAACUCUCGCUGCUUAUUUGGCUCAUCUUGACAGCCUGCUGUGAGAAGGGUCAUUUGUUUCUUAUUAAUGUGACUAUAACUUAGGCAUGUGUGUCUUCAUUUUCAGCUCGUGAACUAAAAAGAAAAGCUCUGCUAAAAGACCAAUCCAUCAGCUCACAAGAACCGAGGAGAAGAAAGGGAUCCAGCAGCAUAGAUGACGUCCCAGCAAGUGAGCAACUAAAACAAAAGGAAAUCCCCUGGAUCAAGUUUGGCUCAGGCUCAGGGAGAAGAAGAUGUGGACUCAGCUCUUGGCCUGAGUGGUUACACCUUCUCGAAGAUGGAGGAAUACGUGGACAGGCCAGGGAAUGGUGAAGAAUUAAUAAAGAAACUGAGGGAAAAGCUGGAGAAUGGAGAGAUGGAGAAACUGGAAAAGGAUCUGAGACACGUGCAGCUAAAAAACAGUUUAAUUUUAAACUGGAGCACCGCCUAUAUGCUGGAUUCCAAUCAGGAGCUGAAGAAAUUCCUGGAGGGCCGCCAGGUUAAAUUUCCCAAGGUCAUCCUGAAGGAGUUUUUUCGGGUGAGGCAGAACCAGCAAGAUGACCCGUCUCUCAUAAACUCUGACAGGUUUUGCAUUCCAGGAGAGUCUGUGCCAAAAGCGCCCUGUGGCAUCAGCCCUGGCAAGCUCUCUGGAAAAUGUGAGGAAGAGACAGCAAGUGAGUCUGCUGUAGAUGUCGGGUACCAGCCAGGAGAGUACACCAGGAAAAGCCCAUUUCCAGAGGGUAAGUCAUGUUCAACCAAUGGUCUCUGUGCGGUGACAAAGGCAGAGGAACAGGGAGGCAUCAACAAAGGGACAGGAAAGAUAUCUCAGAAGAAGCAGAAUAACCAUCACAGGAAAAGGUCAAUGCUGGAGAAGUGGGGGAGGGACCAAGUCCCUCACCUGAAAGAAAGCAUCAGUGAGGAGGAGAAGAUGGGGUUAAUUCGAGCAAGGAUCUCAAUCAUAAACUUUAAGGAGCACAAACUGUGCCCCUGUCUGGUGGCUAAGCACUGUCUGGUGUUUGAAGAUCCUGAAACCAGAAAGCGAAGGAUCAUAGAGAUUGGGGAAGGGGAGAAAAUCCUGAUGAUAAAUAAUACAGACUUUGUUGCGAAGUUCAGGUUCAAGCUGCAGUUCCAGAUGGGGGUGUUUGGAGACGUCUGUGAGACUCAUGUGGUCUUACCUGAAGAAAAAUCCCGUACAGUCCCUUACAAUGAGGUUCAAUUUAAGGAGAUGCUCAAAACAUUCAUGAAAUAUAUCCAGGGGGGCGUGCUCCCAGCACUUGCUGUGCUUAAGAAGGUUCAGAGGGAGACCGACUUGUUCUAAGACAACUUGGGAAUCCACUGUAACAGACUAGGAGGUGAUCCUUGGAACCCAAGGCUUCCAUUGUAUUGGAUUCAAUAAUAUCAAUAUCAAUAUAAUAAUAUCAGAUAAUGAUUAUAAUAUUAUAAUUAUUAUAAUAUUUAUCAUAAUCUGUCCGCAUACAGGCUGAUAAUUAUUACAGAUAAUAUCAAUCAAUAUGUGGACUAUGUCACUGGCUACAUCAGUAAAUACAUUGAAGAUGUGGUUCCCAAGAUUACUGUUCACGCGUAUCCAAAUCGGAAACCAUGGAUAAAUGGUGAGAUACGCGCCAAACUUAAAGCUCGGACAGCUGCUUUCAAUUCUGCCAAUAUGGAUAGAUACAAAAAAUCCAGAUAUGACCUCAGGAAAGCCAUCAAAAUAGCUAAAUACAACUAUAGAGUUAAAUUAGAGUCAUAUUAUCAUGGCUGCAACACACGGAGCAUGUGGAGUGGUAUACGCACCAUUACAGACUACAAAACGCAAUCCAUCUAUAUCGCACAACAGUCUGCCUCUCUUCCUGAUGACCUCAACUCAUUCUAUGCUCGGUUUGAGGUCAGUAACGCUGAUCAAGCCAGGAGGAUUCCUGAAAUCCAAGACAGAAACCCACUGAUCAUAUCCAGAGCGGAUAUGUGUAAAGUUUCUAAAAAGAGCAAUCCACACCAGGCUCCUGGCCAUGAUGCAUUCCUGGCUGUGUUCUGAAGGCAUGGGCAGACCAGCCCCCCCCCCGGUGAGCUCAUAGAAAAGACAUUUCAUUGCCAGCAACUACUGGUGCAUGCUGUAUU